UUAAUACUAGAGCUGCUGCAGCUGCACACACACGUACACACACACACACACAAAGACACGCACACACAUUAAAGCGCUCCUGCAGCUCAGGUCGGUGGUGGCUCUCCUGGAUCUGCUGGAUUGUGUCCUUAUUUUUACGCAUUCGGGAUCGCUAUUAGAAGAUAACACGCUGGAUUUUGCGCAUUUGUGACAGCGUUCUGGGACGAUGCAGUGAGGAAAAAGGCGCACAGCAUCGUGGGCUGUGAUCAUCCCGCAAAACUGCAGUGAAGGGAGAGAUUGUGGUGCAGCAACACGAAUCAGCAUCAUCAGGGAAACCCAUUUUGAAAGGGCGAAAAAUCUCGACCCUCUACGUGGGGGGAUCGGUGGAGAGAGAGAAAAAAAUAGAGCUGCAAACUAAAUUAUGGCCACUUUACUGCGGAAGAUCGGUCUAAUCCGUCUGCACGACCGAGACACCGAGGACCCCAAACACCAUCAAGGCUCUUUAAAGGGCACCAAAGGGAACCAGAAAAACAACAAACACUGUCAGACGGCCAACGAAACCAACAUCCUCAGCACCCCGGAGAUUAAAGCGAAGAAGCUGGACCAGAACGCCAAGGACAAAACGCCCGGGAAGGAGAAGCCGAGCAAGGAUGCGAGCAAGGAGAAGCAGCAGCAGCAGACCGGGGGAGGAGGAAAUAAAAGCACCGGAGCCUCCUCCAUACCCCCACUGGCGCCCCACCGGCAACACUGCACCCAAGUGCGGACGCGGAGGCUGAUGAAGGAGCUGCAGGAGAUCCGGAGGUUAGGGGACAACUUCAUCACGGUGGAGCUGGUGGAGGACAACCUGUACGACUGGAACGUCAAGCUGCACCAAGUGGACAAGGACUCGGCGCUGUGGCAGGACAUGAAGGAGACGAGCACCGAGUUCAUACUGCUCAACGUUACCUUCCCCGACAAUUUCCCCUUCUCACCACCUUUCAUGCGGGUUCUGACCCCCCGCUUGGAGAACGGCUACGUGCUGGACGGCGGCGCCAUUUGCAUGGAGCUGCUGACCCCCCGCGGAUGGUCCAGCGCCUACACGGUGGAGGCGGUCAUGAGGCAGUUUGCGGCAAGCCUCGUAAAAGGACAGGGGCGUAUAUGCCGGAAAGCCGGCAAGUCCAAGAAGGCCUUCAGCCGUAAAGAAGCCGAGGCCACCUUCAAGUCUUUGGUGAAGACCCACGAGAAGUACGGCUGGGUGUCUCCGCCCGUGUCGGACGGCUGAGCUCUGACUCGACGACCCUUCACCCCUAGUGCUGGCCAUCCGGGGCUAGCCUCGGCACGCAAAAUGACACACCACGCUAACUCAACAAUCUUGUCACGCUCACCUUUUUUUUUGCUGUAGCUUUCUUUUGUACGUGUGUGAGUGUUAUUUAGUUGUUUUUUUUUUAAAUACGCAGACAAGUCAUCAUCAUCAUGGCUCCUCUGCCAGGAAGAGACUUUUUGUUGUCCUCGCUCUCACCCAGGGAAGUUCUUUGCCCCGUUUUGGGACAUGCCUGAGAGGGAGAAGUGUGUGCAUUUGGGAAUGCAUUUGUUGCUUUUUUUUCGUCCCCCUCCCAAAGCAGUUGGACACAGUGUGCAGCCAUGUGAAAGACUCACUCCUGUUUCCCCACCAUCUCCAUGCUUUCCUGCCUUCAUCGUCUGUGUGGCUGUGGGGUCAUUUGCAUAUAAAUGAAGCUGUUAAUGUUUAAUAGAUGGGCAACGCAACGACUUCUUCACGCCGCCAUUUUCCCCUUUUCUUUUUUUUUCCUGUGCUCACACUUGGAUGCAACAUGAAGAUUGUAUUGUACAUGGAGCUCGCUCGCUCACGCUGUCUCUCUUUCGUCUCCCGUGGCUAUAUUUAGAGCGUAGAUGGGUAUGAUUUCUAAUGAUGAAAAAAGCCGUCACGUGUUGCAUUAUGCAGAGACUUUGUAUCAUAUGUAGAAUCAUCUUUUUGUGUGUGUGUGUGUGAGAGGAAGACUGUAGAUUUAGAUGAAGGCCAAGUCUGUGUGUGAGUGUGUGUGUGUGUGUUUGUAUUCGCGAAAAGGGCCACAACCCUUUAAAACAGAAAAAUAUGAUUAACUGUGAAUGACACAAAGGCCUAAAGGAGUUACUGUAAACACCAGUGUGUGUUCUUAAAGGGAAAGCGUGUGUAAAAGAACCAAAGUCCAGCAGAAAAAUUCCGCUGUGCUCGUGCGCACACCUUCUGUACCUGCAUGGCUUGACGGGAGCACGCCAUUUUCAAAUGAAUGUACGCUCCAGAGCACCACAUGAUUGCCCAGGAAGAGAGACACAGCGGGCGGGGGGGUUCUUGGAAAUGUCAGCUAUCGGCGUGAAAUGGCAGGAACCCACAUUGGCUUCUGAAUGGAUGCACGGGACAAAACACACAAGGGCAAGAAAUGGUGGAUUUCUUUGUAGCGAGGACAGUUUACACUCUUAGACUAAAAAGCACUGUUUAGACAAAAGUAUUGGGACACCAGGUCGCUACAAAGUUCAUUUUGCACGACCCAUUUUGCGUAAAAGUAAACGAUGCAGAAUAUUCCACCUUCUGAAGUAUCAGAGGCGGAAUGGUGCCUGUGUGAAAAGGAACGCUUGGAAAACUGAGGCAGUGGUUGUGAAUGUCACACUUCUCCCACCCCUGUUGUGUUGGAAGCGAUUGUCGCUGUAUGAAGUCAGUGUUGGCCCUGAGUAACGACAACCCCUCAUCCUCAAGACCACUUUUUGGAGAAGUAUUUCCAAAAGCAACUGUUUUCAACGACAGUGAAACAACUGCUGGCGGCUUCACUGACCAACAUUGUCGUAAAAUUAGAAAAUUGGAGAUGUUUUUUUUUUUUCCUCGACGGGUCUCUUGUGUCCCUGGGUCAUUGGUGUGUGUGAGUGACAAGAUGAAAAGCUCUGAUUCCCUUUGUGAGAAGUCUGUAUUUAAAUCUGUAGACCUCUGAAGUUAUUUUGAUAAGUAUGAUAAGUGUUUCAUGGUGUGAAAGCACGCAAGUCCCGCCCCUUUUUGCUGCUCUUAACAGCCGUUGGGAGGACUUUCGAAUGUGACUACAGGUUUUUGAGUCCAUUUCUCCAGAUUUGUGAGGUCUUUGUUCAAGUUCAUCCCGUUUCCACACCAAACUCAUCCAAGGAUGCUGUCAUGGACCUUACCUUUAUGAGCCUUCCCUCGACGGCUCCCACAAAAUUUGAAGCGCAGAACUGUCCCAGAACACCUCCGUAAGUCGAUGCACAACUAAGACUCGUGGGGCAUGCGGCAGCUUGAGAAAAAUCAAGAGAAAUUGUGAACUUGUCUGAAUUAAGAGAUGUGUCCCGCAAGUUGUCUCAAUUCAGAGGUGCGUCCCAAUACUUUAGUCCACAGUCUUACGUCAGACAUGUCCAGCCCGUCUGCGUGCGUGUAACUUCUAUGUGCCAGUUAAAUGUCAGAAGCAAAGCUGCUAAUUGCUCUGACAUUUCCGCCAAGCGCCGUGAUAGCGGUGAGAGCAGAAGGAUGGAGGAUGUCAAAGCGCUGACAUUUGGUCCAUGUUGCCUGCUGUGUUGUUUUAGGAGUGAAGGGCAGAAGACAAGGCUGGGAGGAUGUGUGUGUGUGUGUGUGUGCGUGGAAAAAUGUGUGUUUGGCACAUCGUGACCACAAAAGACAACAUGUAACAAAAAGUCAUUUCAGGGUUGAUUGUAUAGUCCUCUCCAGUGCAGAAAUACUGUAAAUUCAUAUUAUACCACAAAAUAUCUCCAAGCUGAGUGUUUGCUGGGUUCAAGCCGAUCAUUUUGUGAUGUAUAGUUUUAGACUGGUAGUUUGCAGACACUAACUGAGCUGGUUAGGUUGUAUUAUAUUUGCAUGUCAACUGUGAUUGGUAGCUAGCUACUGUAUAUCUUUUUUUUUUUCAAGAAAAGCAAGAAAAACAUGGAGGAAAAACAAAAAUGCAAACGCUUCUCAUGUUUUUUUGUUUGCUUUUUUUGGGGGGGGCAAGAGGGCAUGUGGGGGUCUUCUGUACUGUAUGUGCUUUUCUUUUUACACGUUCUCAAAAGUCAUAUUGUCUAUGAAUGUGUUUUAAUUUAUUUGUGUUUUGCCAAAAUGAAGAUUUGAAGCAUGACGCAGGUAUUGCCACAAGAAAGGAAGAAAAAAAAAAAGCUACUAAGAAUGAUCUUUAUUUGGAGGACGAGAGAAGUUGCAAAGCCUCAACACUUUAAAGGGAGUUUUCCCUUGAACACCCUUCAUGAAGUCACACCUUCCCCCAGUGGUUCUGCAGUGAUUAGGAUUUGUGCAAUUAACACGACAAUAUGGAUAGUUUUCCCUGUAGGAUCAGUCUGACCUCCCUGCAGUGCUUCACAUCUCAUUCAUCAUAAUGGGCAUGUGCACAUCUGACCUGAGAUCAGUUACUGCGGGCAAUUCCACUCUACCCUCCUCCUCCUGACUUGAGUGUUUGGUCCACAAAAAAAAAAAGAAGUGGAGGUAAGAGGGGUCCGUUGCAAGACCAAACAAGAAUGUGCAAUAAAAGUUACAGCAUAUUCAAA